ACGCGCAACCUUCCGAUGCGUACGCGCGUUCGGUGUUCAUUCGCUUGAAAUACUCGCGGCGAAGCGGAUCGUGCUCUUGAGCGAGUGUCUCUAAUAUCCCCCCACCAGAAAGUGAAUAUAAGCAGAGGGAUUUUGGUUGGGUAGAUGUGAAAAAUAAAUCAGCCAGUUUUAAUCGUGUGACCCAAGUGACAAAACGCUCAAGUUCGGUGGAGGCGCGCCGGUGUGUACAUACGCCAAAGUCAAAGGUUACUUACCAGCGGUAGAAAUAAAAACGGUGAAGGUGAAAGCAGAAAAAGGAGGGCAGACGAAACGUUAUUUCGGGGCGUGUGUGUAUUUGUGUGUGUGUGCGUGCUGGAGUGUGUUGGCGAGCGUUAGGAAAUGAUCGUCAGCCGGCCGUCGUCGAACGCGCGACGGAAAGGUGAUCGCGGUGAACGCAACCGACGGUGAGCGAAUAACGUCGCUCGCGGUGGUGUUUGAUUGUGUGCCCCUUCACAAGUGAGGUGAGGUAGAAGAGCAGUAGAAGCCUGGGGAAGAUGUGAGAUAUAUCCCACGUCUGGAAGUAAACGCAGGACACGCUCAUCCACGCAGGGAAAGGCAAAGGAUCGCUUCGUAUUCAGCGCGAAGCCCCAUCGUCCAUUUUGUUCGCAAAGCACAAAAGCAAGUCUGUACUCGCGCGCGCUCGUGUGUGUGUGUGUUCCAACAAUAUCAACCCUACUUCCACCCCUACUCAGCGGGGUUGCCGGCAGUACCCCUCGAACUGACCGUUGAAGGAAAUCAAAGAUCAGCGGUAGCGGCGGCGCCGGCGUGUUUGGUGUUGUUGCGCAGUUUUUUUAGCACACUGCGAGCCGACGACGGACACGGCGCACAAAACACGGCAAAACAUUAGCGAACGAUCGACCCAACUGACAGCCGGUAAUACGAGAAGAACGGAACGCCCUUUCGGUACGGUAAGGAGGCCAAACAUAAGGAGCUUUUUUUUCGGCUUUGGAAAUCGACCAUCCAAAACACGGCUGACGUCACACACGGCAGUGUUCAGAAGAGAACUUUGUAUCACAGAACCAAACAGAAGACAAGUACUUCUCUUCCACGUCCCCAAAAGGCCCUCGAUCGGUUAUUUUUUUGUGUGCUGCUAGCGUUUGUUGGUGCGGUUCGUUGCGUGUGCCAUACAAUUGAAGGGUUGUGGCAGCAGCAGCAGCAGCAACAGCAAAAAAGGCCAAACGUUUCAGCCAACAAUCAAGCAUCUUCUGCGUGCUCUUCUGUGGAUAAAAAAGAAGCAAAAACGAACCAGACAUGCUGAACCUCGAGACGGGCGAGAUCGAGUACGGCACGGUCGGCGGGUACGAUCGUGAGCGUAUCUAUCUGGACAAGGAGACGGGCGAGGUGAGCAGCGACCCGACCGAGCAGGCCGGGUCGCGGCGGCGGCGCUCCAAGUUCCACAUACCGAAGCAGUACCUCCGCAAUCAGUGCGGCAUCAUCGGCCGGCGGCCAGCGGCACCGGCCGCCCCGAGCGUCAGCUGCGCGCUGAUGGCGUGCAAGCAAAAGAUGAUACCGAUGAUGAAGAGUAUUACUCUAGGCUACGCUCUGCUACUACUACUGCUACCGAACGCGAUGGACCAAUGCACGCCUGAAGGGGCGCGUGCGCCCGCGGACGAGGAGAUUACGGUCGGCUAUAACAGUACCGCACAUCUGCUCUUCCUGCUGCCGCUGCUGUUCGUGACGCCGAAGCUGUUCGCGCUCGUCAUCUCGUUCGUCGAGGUGAUGCUGCACAUGUGGGCCCACCGGAAGAACAGCACAAACGGCAACCCGGACGUCUACUACCGCAGCCCGAUGCACGUAGUGACGCGCCAGUUCUGCGAGGUGUGCCGCCACGAGCGGCUGAUGGGCCGGGUCGGGAAGCUGCAGGACGUGCGGAUGAAGCAGAUGCAGAACUACUUCCGGAAGGUUACGCGAAACAUUGCUUAGCGAAAAAGAAGAAAAACAAAAACAUCCCCGGAGGCGCUUG